ACCGUAGUUUUACAACUUCCUGUCAUUCACCCGCCAUUAAACCAAAAGAAGUAGAAGAUAUUAUUGUUAUGGCCGUUGAGGCAAGUGUUUACAAGCGGAUUUUUUUCCGAACAAAUUGGUUUAUUUUAUGACAGAAGUUGUAUAAAAUGGCAGCGGUUUUCCUGGUGACUUUGUAUGAAUACUCCCCUCUGUUUUACAUUAGUGUGGUCUCAUUAUGUUUCGUUGUUACCGCCGCCAUUGUGCUUGGCUGGUUUGGCUUUGAUGUCCCAGUGAUCCUUCGCAGCUCUGAUGAGACAGAGUCUGUCCUACCUACCCCUGAAAAACAAAUGGUUCAAGUGACAAAUCCUUUUGCUCUGGAGAUGGGCUCUGGGCCAGCAUCUGUCACUGAUGGUGUGUCACUGAGGCUUUGCUGUCUGGAGCCCUGUGUCCUGAGCUGUUUCUGGGGCUGCGAGGUCAGUGCCCUGCAGCGGGGGCUGCAGGCCCAUCAGGACAGCCCAAGGCUCAACACUCUCCAACAUUUCCAGCAAGUCCUGCAACUUCACUACCAAUACUGCCAGAGCUUUCAUAUCAGCCGUGAAGACAAAGAGGAACGUCGCACACAGAUUCCUGCUGACCAGGGGAUCACAGAUUUUGGGCCAUUGCCAAGAGAACGCUACCCCCUUGUGGCUGUGCUGACACUUGCAGAGCAAGAACACAGAGACAUGUACAACAUUGUGGCCAGUGUAACUGUCAUUCAUGUUCCUGAUGACAAGUACAGCCUUUCUGCACGGGUUGUCUUUCAGUACCUUCUCACCUCACAGGGGAACAUGUAUGAGUUAAAGCCUCUCUUUAUGUCAGCUGACUGUGGGGGGGUGUCUGGACAUCCUGAGUCAAUGCAGAGUACCCUACCCAGUGGGCGAAUCAGUGAAGCCAGUGGAGUGGAGCAGAAUCCCUUACAGGAGGAGGAAGAGGAGGAGGAGGAGGAGGAGGAGGAGGACUGGUCAGAGGGGAGAGGCAGAGAUUGUGUGGUCUGUCAGAAUGCUGAAGUAAACAGGGUACUGCUGCCCUGCAGACAUGCAUGUGUGUGUGACAGCUGUGUGUCACACUUCCAGCACUGCCCCAUCUGUAGGGCCUUCGUCCUGGAGUCUUUCACCCUGGCACACUGACCAGCUGCAGAAGGAGUUGACUCUAUAUUGAAUAAUCCCAUCCAUCAUGUCUCACUGCACGAGGGUGCUGGAACCUAUGUCAGCUGUCAUUGGGCAAGAGGUGGUAUAUUCCCAGGGCUGACAUAUAGAGACUAAUAACCACUCACACUCACAUUCACACCUAAUGGCAAAGAGUCAUCAAAUAAUUUAACCUGUAUGUCCCUGUAGUAACCACAGGGAGAACAUGCAAACUCUGCACAGAAAGCCCUCCCCAUACUCAAUCAGUUAAUUUUAUUUAAGAAAUGAAUGAAUUCAUAGAUGAGGUGUACAGAGUAAUAACAGGCAGAAAUAUUAUUUAAUGUGAUAUGCUGGUCUGUUAGACUGUCUACACACAAUCUCUGACAUAAUCUUUCAUUUGAAUUUAUUUUACAUGUAAUUAUUUUGCUGGUGUGAGCAGCUCCUCCAUUUCCUUUGCACACACAAAGUCUUGCCUGCAUACUGCUACUACUUGAAACUAUUGGGUAGUGUGGAUUUGUAAUAAAUAUGCAUUUUCUGUGAUGGUGAGAAUGAUGUUGAGUUAUUAGAAUAUUUACUCCAUAAGAGAAAAAAAUAGUUGUUCUUGGUAAUUUAAAAUAAACCCAAAAAUUGAUAUUAGUACAGUGACUGAGAGAGCUCAAAGCACUGCAACUUAAGAAAGCAUGCAAAUAGACAAAAUACAAGCAAAUUAAGGAAACCUCUUCAUUACUUUUACAUGUGCAACAGUAGGAAAUGAGAGAAAAAUACACACAGCACAACCAAAUACAUAAAAGUGUUGGAAAUACACAUGACAGAAAAGUACAAAUAUGGGAAAGUGUUUUUGGAGAACACUAGUGCUCAAACAAGGCUUGGACACACUUGAUAUGCCAUUUUGAGGCUUAUGUACUGACAUUGUUCUAUUCUGGUAUUUUUACCCUAACCCUAAACACUGAUCACUCCUCAUACCUAAAGCUAACCACUGAGUAUCCAGUCAGAAGCAGAGCACUGAAGAUCAUUCCUUUGGCUUCUCAGGAAAAGAAAAUGGAAACCAAAUUCCAAGUUCCAAACUGCAGCAAUUAAGUGUGUCCAGUUCAGCACUGUUGUCCUCUGGGAAAAAACUUCCAUUAUCACUUUCUGUAAUUGCAGCACAUUACUGCAAUGUGUUGUGUGCAUCUGCAACCCGUCCGUUUAUUGGAUGUAUUGUGAUACAUCAUAUGUUAGUAUUACAUAUAUCUUGUCUAAUGGAUAACAAUGUUUUCUUAAUUUGCUGGGUUUUGUCUAUUUGCACGUGUUUUCUUAAGUUGCAGUGCAUUGGGCUCUCUCGGCCUCCACAGGUGAGCCUAUGCUAGGUGUGGCAGUGUAGUUAGCAGGUAGUUCACCUGCUCAGUCAGUUGCUUGGUGCUCUUUGCUCACAGUCAAAGUUGAUGGAUAGUGUUUCCCAGAUAUCCAGCUUUUAAUGUGAAGAUGCCACCCAUCUUGUUGCUGCUAUUUACAUUCACAGAAGUGAAAAAGCAUUUGCUGGUUGUGUAUAUGUUUUUGCAUAUAAAUGAUUGUACAUACUG